CAGAAUUGGAAAACAUAGAGGAGGAGGAGGAGGGAGGGAGACAGAAACCCUGCCCAGUGCACUGAACGGUUUCCUCUUGCCUGGUUCUAAAACGUUCAGAUUCCUUCAGACCUUCAGAGAGCCUGAAGUUUUCUCAUCUCUGCUGCCCUGUCUGCGAGGCUUCAUUGAAAGAUGCGGGUCUGGAUCUUCUUCCUUAUCUGCCUAGCUGGCAAGGUGCUGGCAGCACCUCAGGAAGCCCUGCCAGACGAGAUUGAAGUAGUGGAGGAUCCUACAACCGUGGAGCCUGUCGGAGUCAAUCCCGUCCAGGUGGAGGUCGGGGAGUUCGAGGAGCCCACCGAGGACGUGGAGGAGAUCGUGGCUGAGAAUCCCUGCCAGAACCAUCACUGCAAGCAUGGCAAAAUCUGUGAGGUGGACGAUAACAACACCCCCAUGUGUGUGUGCCAAGACCCCUCCACCUGCCCACCCAGCGUUGGCCUGUUCGAGAAGGUGUGUGGCACUGACAACAAGACCUAUGACUCCUCCUGCCACUUCUUUGCCACCAAGUGCACCCUGGAGGGCACUAAGAAGGGACACAAGCUCCAUCUGGACUACAUCGGGCCCUGCAAAUACAUUCCUCCCUGCCUGGACACGGAGCUGACCGAGUUCCCCCUGCGCAUGCGCGACUGGCUCAAGAACGUGCUGGUCACCCUGUACGAGCGGGACGAGGACAACAACCUGCUGACGGAGAAGCAGAAGCUCAAGGUGAAGAAGAUUCACGAGAACGAGAAGCGUCUGGAAGCCGGCGAGCACACUGUGGAGCUGCUGGCCCGGGACUUUGAGAAGAACUACAACAUGUACAUCUUCCCCGUGCACUGGCAAUUCGGCCAGCUGGACCAGCAUCCGAUUGAUGGGUACCUGUCUCACACCGAGCUGGCCCCACUCCGAGCUCCUCUCAUCCCCAUGGAGCACUGCACCACCCGCUUCUUCGAAGAGUGCGACCUGGACAACGACAAGUACAUCGCCCUGGAGGAAUGGGGCAGCUGCUUCGGCAUCAAGGAGAAGGACAUUGACAAGGACCUCGUGAUCUAAGCCAGCAGCUUCCUUUUCUGUUUCCUUUUUUUUUUUUUUUACCUCCUGUUUCCUUUUAUUUUUAAACCUUUUUUGUUUUGUUUUUUCCCCUGGGGACAAGGUGCUAAUAUAGAUCUAAACGUAUAUUAACGGUGCUAAAAGAGACAACAACUUAUUGUUAGUAGCCUAAUGAAUACCACUAGAAUACUCUGCUCACGCAUCCAUUUCAGCGUGUUCUUCUCUGCUCUCUGAUUCGACAACAAAGUUACAAUAACCAGCCCUGUUCCUGUGCUAAAUAGCUACUCCCUCUUCUUAUCCACUCUUGGAUUUUUUUUUUCAAACUCCUUACUUAUAUGUUCUUCAGAUCUUUCAAUGUAAAGCAAAGCCAUCCCAGAGGAUUAACUCCCUGAUUUCCAGACGGCAAGUGAGGGAAGAUGUAUCCAGAGGAUGUUAGAAGAUUGGGCUUUCCAAAGUUUAGUGGAGCAAGUGGUGGUGAAAGUUUGGGGUGCUGGAUUUUAGUUCCUGUUAGGGAGGAUGGAGAAGGGAGUGGGAUAGACACUGAAGAUCCAGAAUGGCAAUAUUUAAAUUCCCAGGGCUUGAAUUUAUUAAUAAUUGGGCACAAAUAGUUUUUAAAAAACGCACAAGUUAAAAAAAAACCAUCAUGUAAAAUCCCCUCUAAAAAUAAAGGUUUGAAAAUGCUACAUGCUUUAUUAUUACUCGGUGAUUGUACUGUUCUUGUGUUUUCCAUGCUUUAAAGUUAGCUUUUGGUGCUGA